AACCAUGUAGCCAUUGAACUCUGCGAUCUUUUUUCCCCACACAUUGACAUCUUUACUUUGUUCGAUGGAAGAACAGGAAUGAAGCAAGAGUGAAAGUUGUGUAUUUACAGUCAAUGGGCCAAAACAUGUUAAAAUAAGGCAUUUAAUUCCGUGAAGUUGCUUUUGUCAUGUGGGAGUGUCCUGAGGGGGGUGAGGUAGAAUUGUUGGAACCGAACAGUCAGUCGUAGGGGGAAAAAGGAAGGAAAGAUCUUGCUUACAGAAUUGGCAUAGCAUGUUCUAAGAAGUUAAAUUGAGGAUACUUCUACGAUGAUUUAUGAACGUCGAGGAAAGACCCAAAACCAUGAGAGGACGUUAUAUUUUAUAUGAAGCUCUGAAUGUCACUAUAUAAAACUAUCUCCCCUUUGUUAGAAAUAAAUAGGCCACAAUGGGCCAUUCAACUACAAUGAACUUUAUUCAUAAAAUUUCGAUUUUGUAUCCAUACCUUCAAGGGAAAGCGUCAGUAAAUGAUAGUGAUUCAGGAUGGUGGUGGAUUCUGCACCCCGUCAUUCGUUUCACAAAAUGCAGCCGACAGGAAUGACACCUAAGGAACUGUCGGAAAAUGACGACUUGGCUACGUCACUGGUACUUGAUCCACAUUUAGGAUUUGUCACUCAUAAAAUGAAUGUUAGGUAUCGGCCAUUGAAAACAAAUAAAGAAGAACUGAAAUCUAUAAUAGAAGAAUUCAUAGUGACACAGGAUUAUGAUAAGGCUUACAGUCAUCUGAUAAGCGGAGAAUGGAUACCACGGGGACCGCACACCAAGACAAAACAGCAACAGCAGCGUUUAGGAGAGCAUAUCUACAGAUAUCUUCGUGUGUUUGAUCGAGACUCUGGAUUCAUCAUAGAACCUUGUUAUCGGUAUUCUCUUGAGGGACAGAAAGGUGCAAAAAUAUCUGCUACCAGGAAAUGGUAUAAGAACGAGAAGAUAUCAUGUCUGGUGGGUUGCAUCGCAGAGCUUAGUGAGGAGGAAGAGGCCAUGCUUUUGCAUCCUGGGAAAAACGACUUCUCUGUGAUGUACAGCUGUCGGAAGAACUGUGCACAGUUAUGGCUAGGUCCAGCAGCUUUCAUAAACCAUGACUGCAGGGCCAAUUGCAAGUUUGUGGCAACUGGGCGAGACACUGCAUGCGUAAAGGUGUUAAGAGACAUUGAGGUUGGAGAAGAGAUCACCUGCUUCUAUGGAGAAGAUUUCUUUGGUGAUGGAAAUGGUUACUGUGAAUGUGAAACAUGCGAAAGGAGAAGCACUGGUGCAUUUGGCAAGGGGAAGUCAAAGAAUGAUGAGUUAAACUCAGGCUACAGGUUGAGAGAAACAGACAACCGCUUGAACCGCUCAAAACACAGACAGCCAUCAAGCUUAAAGUCUGACUACAAGUCUCUUUCAGAAAAUAAUCCUGGCAGCAGGUCGUCUUCUGCAGGUAGUGAUAUUAAUAACAUUGUGGCUCCUCUGAGCAUGAAAGAGCUGAGGCAAAAGGGACUCACAAAAUAUGACGCAGAACUCCUGAUUGCACAAGGGUGUAAGUUCUCGGAUAUUGAUGACGAUCAUGGGACAAGAAAGGCAACAGCAGAGAAGAUGUACAGUGGUCGUGAUAAUUCAUCUGUUAGGAAUGGGGAGAGGCUAGGACGUGAGAGACUAUGUCGUGGUGUACGAAGUGAAAUAUCUAGGAACAAUUGCACAAACAGCAAACCCAGACGAAAUAGUGUUAGUAAUAAGUCUGGAAGGCUUCCACGGAGACUGCCAGGCAAGAGAGAGAAGUCAGAGCAGGUAAUUGAGGAAGAAGAUGAUGAUAUUUCCCUAUCAAGCUUGAUGAAUCGUGGAUCGACCAUUCUGCUGGAUGACAUGCAAAGCAAUGCUAGUAGUGUGGGUAGUGAGCAGAAGGAGGAUCUGUGCAGUGAAAGUGACCACAGCAGUGCUAGUUCUGUACUCACGCAAGGGAUAAUGCUGCGCAAUCAUAAGCGACUUAAUGAACCGGUCAUUGAGUCACUGGUUGUAAUGAAGGAAAAAGUAAACAACUCUAAUACCAGUAGGAAUAACUGCAUUGGACAGUUGCUUGAACUGAAGGAUGAUGAGAUCUCACGUAGGUCUCAAGAGAAGCUAGAAGAGGUGGAACAAGGAUCCACAAAAGAGAAUGGCAAGACAGCAAUGGUGUUUGAAAUUCUUGAAGACCAAUGUAAGGACCAUUGCCAGAAUUUAAACUCUAAAUUGGAAUUGUUAGCAGCAAAACAGGACAAGCAAAUCCCAGAAAGGAACAGUAACGGACAGUUCAUUAGGAAAAUGGUGAAUGGGAAAUUAGAAAAGUGUUGGGACCAUCACUUAAGACGUGUGACAACAUCUAGACGUUCAUCUUCUACAAUUAGUGGAUUCUUGAAGCGUUCACGUGUGGUGGGGGACAGGAGUGUGAGUGGGGUGAUGUCAAGACUGGAAGAUGGGAAGGUAGGAGACACUGCCCCCACUAUGAUUAGUGAAAGGACCAAAGAUGUGUAUGAAUUUGAUGAUAAGGAAGACUGUGAGGUGGAAGAGCCACGGUUACUCAGACGUUCAAGGAUUGGUUUCACAUCAGCCACUAAGACUAGCCUAAAUGGAAGUUGGAAUACCGCAGAAAAUAUGUGUAAAGAUGAUACUAUUGAAUCUACAGAGAACUGUGGAGACAGAGACAGGGGUGUGUUUUAUCCAUCACAGAUUGAUACUACACCCACUAAGGGGAAUGAGGGUGGGGGCCGGUUGAAACUGACACUUCGUAUGAAACGCAGCCCUGUCCUGGAUGAAGUUAUAGAGUCAGGGAAUAGUUUUAGUGAGGACAGCUUUGAGCCGGAGUACGAAGUUCUUCGGGUGGAAGGUGUAGGCAAUGAGAAUCAUCUAGAAAACAAACACCAUAAAAAACGUCACAAAUCAAAGGACAGGGAAAAGCGUCAUCGGAGACGAACUCUUCCGGAAGAACCUGGAAGCUUAUAUUCAUCUGCAGGACGGCCGCCGAUGAAGCGUUUGAGACUGAUAUUUGGGAAUGAGACACACACAAUUGACAUCCCAUCCACUGCCACCUCCACAGCGGGGGUUAAGUCUGCAUGAGCAAACAAAUAAGUAGGCAAUGCAAAUUUGCUCAGGCUAGGAAGCCUGUGUUGGAAAUCCACUACCCACUCUCCACCCAGAAUCUUAACUAAAAUUAGUGUGAUAUAGUUGUUGGGUUGAUGUUCAUGGGUCUCAGGUUAUAUUGUAAAACCCAACAGUGGUAUAGGAGGAAAACUGAGAAUGAGCUAAUUUGGUUAUUGCCAAAUUGUUUAUUUGCUCAGCAAAAUCUACUAGUUGUAGUUUUCCAAUUUAUUUUUCUGUAUCUUACUCUAAGCUGUAUAGAAAGUUGGUUUCUGGUACAAGUCUUUAUAGGUUAGUUUCAGUAAAAUUUGUACCUACAAGUUGGUGGUAACUGAAGGCAUGGUGACAUGAAUUUUAAUUUCUUUGAAUAUUUUAUGCUCUGAAAUAUUUAUUGAAAACUUCAUUGUUUAAAAAGCUAUUGUAUAUUCUAAAUAGUAAUAAUUAUAAUUAUGAAUCUGGUAUUCAUUUUUCACAAAGGGUUUUUUUGGGGGGUGGGGGUAAUGAGCAUUUUGUAAGACAGUUAAGUGUAAGAGUAGAUGUUGAGGUAUCUAAGAAGGAUUUGUUCUGAAACCAUUUGAUACAUUUUUGUUUUCCUAUCAGAUGUUGUGUAUAUAAUGACGGCUUGUGGUUAAAUUUCUUUGUUGACUCCCUGUCUUCUUGGUCAAGUUGUGGUAUGUCAGGGUUAAAGGAUCAUACCAUUUGAAUGUGUAGGUGGACUUAGGACUUUGUGUUUUGACAUUAAGAUCUUACAGGGCCACUCUCUCUACUUUUCACUCCUUAUCACUAAAUGAAGCAUGGCAAAUGUGUACAUUGUCUUGCAAGAAUUUGAGGAGUUUUCUCUUAUCUACCGUAAAAUAAUUUCAACAUUCAGCAUUAAUGAAAAUCUUUCAUUUGCGUGUAGUAAUUAAAAUGUUGAGCAAGGAUUACAGCGUAAGAAAUGCAAGGACAGGGUUGUUAUGGAUUUUGAUUCUGGUCUUCUGGGUUGUGUGCCACCAUGCAGGCUAGUAAGCAGUAACCCCCUACUCAGUUACAUGUCACAACCCAGAAGACUGCCCUCUAAAUCAGUACAUCCAUCAAAACCUUAAAUCCUAUGUGAGAGUUGUUAUAAAUUAAGUUUACACUUCUAAAUAUUUUUAAGGUAAGGUCCUGCAGAAUUUGUAUCGUUUGAUACAAUAACUCUUUAUGUUUCCAGAUUCAGCAGUGAGGUCUGUGAAUAAUUUCAACAACAUCCAUGUGAUACAGGAUCUUGUUGCAAAAAUUUUAAGGUUCUUUACAAAUUUGAUGUUUUAGGUCAUCAAGCUUGGUUCAAAAGAUGGAUCUUAGAUUUAAUCUGUAAUGUAACUGCGUUUUCCUGGAACUCUAUGUCACUUUAGAAGCAGCUUUUAUUGUGUCUUACAGCUGAAGUACGUCUCAAAUUAAAAUACAGAAUUUUUUAGUUACUAGUGUAAGUUUGUAGUACAAUUAGUUGUUUCAAAAUGCUUUUUUAUAGUUUGUGCUUAAUUUGUAAUAACUCUGAUAGGAUCUUAAGGAGAUUUAUUAUUUUAAUUUUCUUUAAUAUUCUGGAUCUUUUAAAUUUUUCCUUAACAAGGAACUGUGCUGCUAUAAGAAUUGUGCAUAUGAAUUAUGCUGUAAGUGCGCAGUAGUCAUGUCAGUGUAACAGGGUCUUAAGUGAUGGCAGACUAAGCUUUUAUCAAGUUCAGUAGCAUAAGCACCAUGUUGCUGAUCUGUCACAGUACUAUUAAGAAUUAUUUCUCGAGUUGUUAACAUAUGGUUACUUCUGUUAAUGAAGAUGAAUUGACUGUAAUGUAAAGAAACUUCUAUGUUUUUUCAUUGCAUCAAGGAGUGAAUGUAUGUCCUAACUGAAAUAUUUUGUUUCGUAUCUGGAUCUAGAAAUUGACCUGCUUUUACAUGUAUAAAAUUUCUGUCAUUUUCAGGCUAAUUGCGGACGGAGAAGGAAUCAUGUGUUCCUUCAUUUUAUGUUUCCCUCUUUCGCCUUUAUUUCCUCUGCCCACCUACCUCCUUCUUUCCUGCCUGUGUGUAAUGUACAUGUGUGUUCAUAAUGUAAGAUUGAAACUGCAGCUGCUGCUAUGCCUAAGCACUGCCAUUAAGUUGAAUGUGGCUAUGGAAGUAAGUUCAAUAUUUUCAACAUUUGCACUGCAUGGAGGUGAUUGGUCAGUUUCAUGCUGUGGCUGAUUAAACCACAGGAUUUAAUUCUGGCAUGGGUCCUGAACAGUUAUGGAUGUUGUGAUAAAAGAAAAGUCUCAACAUCCUACUGCAAAUUGGACCUUGGUCAUCCAGUUUGUAGACCAUAACUUCACUGGCUGAGCUUUCAGAGCUCUUUAUGUUACCCCAUUUCUGUGGUUAACUUUGAACAAGUGGCUGGCUGUCUUUCAUGAUACUCCAAUAUGAGAGUAAUUAUUAGGCCAUCACAAAGUAAUUUCAAAUCAACCACUAAAACAGACUUUGAAAAUAUGCUUGUGUAAGGAAGUACUCGCAUUUAAAGGAAGAAAACUUCUUUCUUCAUUUCUAAAGAUGCUGAGUGGUUUUUGUUCUAUCACAGAUAAUUUUGUCUCCAAUUGCAUUGGGAGUUCUGUACUGAAAAGAAAUUUGCUCAUUAUUUAAGAGGAGGAGUCUCACUAUGAAAAUGGUUCCAAAACAUGGAGAUGUAGGAUGUGAUCUGGCAGUUUUGAGAAAAGAAUUUUAUGCACAGAAAGUUCAUAAGAUGAGCUUUAAAGAUCAGAGAGUAAAAUGCAAUAUAAGCUAUCAUGUCUACUGUUGAGUCUCUUGAAAUACUGUGUUUUACCCCGGUGAUAAUUGGUUGUAACUUCCAGUCAUUGAAAUAACCAGUGACUGUGUAUUAUAGUUUUUCCAGGCUUUACAUCCUGUAAAACAGGAAUGUCCAAUAUUUUGUGUGGUUGAACACAUGAUAGCUGUAAUAUUUUGUACCCUGUUACAUUGAAUUUGAUUUUAGUAAUCUGAAAAUUAAAAACUGGUGUAACUAUAUCCAAACAUUAGAAUGUUUUUUUGUUGUGAUUUAUAUAUUUAUAUACUAUGGACUAUUUUGCCAGUUGUGUUCAAGGGAGGAAGUGUGUGAACAUUCAUAGAGCUGUGGUGUAUGUAAAAUAUCGGUAUUUCUGUGAUUAGUAAGUUUAUUUGCGUUCAGAUAAUAUGACGUCCAUAUUCAACAUAUUUUAACAGUCUUGCCCUUUCAUUGUCAAUGUAAGUACAUAUUUUUGGCUAUGUUACUUUUUAAUAUCUGUUCUAGGAAUGCAUAAAAGUGCUGUUACAUAAUAAUAUAAUCACAGAGAACUUAUCUUUGCACUGUAGCCUUACCUCUUUCUCCAAGUUUCUUGUAGACAGCUAGUUCUGUCAGAUUAUAACAUUGAAAGGGUUAAUGAUCAUGUAACUAUACUUGAGCAACACUUGUCAGUUGUUAAUAAAACAGUGGAUAAUUUAA